AUGGUGCUGGGCAAGUACUGCUUCGAGGAGGAGGCUUUUUCUGUAGACGUUUUCGAAGUAGCGACCUUUUUAGAGGACUGUCGAGUACGUAGCCCCAUGGAGACGAUUUAUCAGGAUUUGAGACACUUCCAAACGGCGCUAGAGAACCAGCUCGUGGCCAUUAUCAAUGAAGAUUACGCCGAGUUCCUGCAGCUCUCGUCUAAGCUCAAGGGUGUAGACGAGGCGGUUGCUAGCGUACAUGCACCCAUUUUGGCGGUUCUCAAGCGUGUAAGUGAAGUGCAAGAAGCUCUGAGCGCAUUGCAAAACAAGAUCCAGACGCAAUUGCAGAUUGCAAAUGAGUUGCAACAACAGGAAAAGGACCUGCAGUCCAGUAUUAAAAUCUCUGAGAAAUUGCUGCUGCUGGAAGAUCUACUGGAGAUUGGGUCACCAAUUGAAGGUGAUGACGAGGAGUCGAGCUUGGACAAAGACGGACCCACUGACUUCGAUGAGGACAGUGACGAUGAUUUUGAGAACUUUGAACAAAUUGGAACGAGCAGCGCAAAUUUUUGUGCAAUUGGACCUAGAUUCUUGAACGGCAUGCACGUUGCCACAAUUCAGAAAGAGGAGAAGCGUCUAGCGAUCGUUGAAGAGACACUUCUUCGUCGCCUAGAGACGGAAUCUGUGGCUGAAAUUCUUCCCGAUACGUAUUACAACCGCGACCAUGCGAUUAGCGAGCUCACUUUGAGCUAUUUGCUGAGAGCAUAUGUGCUACUUGACAAAAGCCAUAUUCCAGAAGAAUUGAUUGGUCGUCUGCUUGUUCAUCCAUUUGCAGAGGAACAUCUUAUGCGUGGAAAGCUGGAUGGUCGAGCUCGUGGUUCGUGCGAGGGCUUACCACAGAUCUAUGAGUCCAUUUUGUACUUCAUUACGAGCAAGUUUGUGGGCACACUUGCAUUGUCUGUUUGUCAGGGCGAGAGUAACUGCUCAGUAGAUAUUUGA